AUGAAGUCCUCAUCUUACCUCGAAUUCUUUUGUCCGUAAAAAACCGGCCACUAGCCCCGCCCGCGUCCGAUCGAUUUUAUAAAAAGACUUGCCUUCGGACCUUUACGUCUGCGCUCUUGCUUUCUCGCGUGUUCUCUCCUUCCUGCUCACACAUAGUAGUAAACUACGUGGUGGAAAGAGAUGGUGUUUGUGUGCUUGUUUCGCGCUGCGCGUGUGUGUUUGCCGCCAUGCGCGCCGCCGUGUCCGCGCCGCGACUUGGCCGCGAAGCGACGUCCAUUUUGUUCGCCGCGUUUUUCUUGAAGUUUUAGCGAAGUUUUGAUUUAAUUAGUAGUAAAAUCUAGUGCCGCGAUUUACUUUUAAAGCAGUUCCUAGUUUAUACUAAACACAGCUGUUAGUUUUCAAAGUACGCUGUACGCGAGUUUUAACUCAUUGUUCUUCUAGAUGGCGUGACAUUAGCGAGUUCUUACGCAUCCCGGUUGCAUCCCAAAGGAUCCUCAAUGUGGUCAUCAAUCCUUACUUUUUUCCUCAUUUAAAGUGAAAUAGUGACAUAGAUGAACAUAAAAUUGCCAAAAAUGCCAAAACGCCGAGUCGAAGAGAGUCCGGAGGUCGGCAGGCUGGUGGACUCGAGUCAGGCGGAUGACAGACGGAUGAUACAGCUGGUGCGCGAGCGCAGACUUCUGUACGCCAGGAACAACAUGCCAGUAGCUUCGUAUUAUAGUCAAGUGAAGCAGUUGUGGCAAGAGGUGGCCGAUCAUAUGGGGUGGACUGUGGCCGACGUCCGCCGCAAGUGGUCCCACAUCCGGAACUCCUACUCCCGACAUCUGAGGAACGAAGUCAGCGGCGCCGUCACGGGCCGAGGUCGGAUGGUCUCCAGGUGGUACCUGGCUGAUGAGCUGGACUUCCUUAGAGACCACAUGGCGACUGACGUGCGGCCAUCUCCCUGGGCCCCGACCUACCCUGACGCCGAAGGCAACUCCAGUGAAAACGUGGACAUCAAGCCCUUCAUGUCCAGCCCUUGGCUGGCCCUGGGCCAGAAGUUCGAGGUCAAACCCGAACCUAAUGAAGACUCAUCCUCCUCCCUAUCCUUCGGGCCUGACGACAACUGCUCAUACUUCCAGUUCUUCAAAGGAAUUUAUAAUGACUACCAAGAAUUACCUUUGAAAAAACGAAGACUCUUUAAAAGACAAUGUUUGAACUUACUCCAUGAGUUACUAGACGAUGAAGAAGGUCCGAUGGUGAUUCCUGAGUGCGUUCAGAGUGAGGAUCCUGUGAAUUUGUCGACGGGGGAUGAUGAGGACGAUAGGGAGAAGAAGCCAUCUCUGCCUGAAGUUUCUAUCUUGCCCACGAAAUAGUUUAAACUUAGAACAGGGUGCCUAGCCAUGGUGACAAUCGUUUGCGCUACGGCAACGAAACGCUUUGUGUCUCUCUAUCACUCUUCCAUGUUAGUGCGACAGUGACAGUUGCGUUUCGUUCGCUACGGACCGUAAACGAUUGUCACGUUGGCUACGCCCCCUGAAGUGUUACAUGUCG